AUGGGAGACGACCUAUCACAAUUUUUUGCAAAAAAAGCUGCUAAGACUAAAGAUAAGAAGAAAAAAGUCAAGGUCAACCUGGAUGAGGUUGGCGAAGUUCUAGAGCGGGAAGCCAAACGCCAAGAGGAGCGUGAUCGCGAGAAUGAAGGUGCUGAAAAAGCUGCGCAAGAGGAGGCAAAUGUAGAGCGGCGCUCAGAAGAUUCUGAAUGGCUUGAAUAUAAGGAUUCAAAUAGAGAAAUAGUACUGGAGGAACUUGGAAUUCGUGAUAUGAAUCUGACCGAACAGGUUGAGGAAGCGUUAGAAGAAGAGAAGGCGACAACAAAUGAGGCUCCGAAAACGUGGAAUACGGCUGAAAAGAAGGAGUCAAGCGAAGAAGUCAUUUUUCCCCAAAUACCACCUCAACCUCAGAAGUAUGUCGUGCGGCAAAAACAGCUUGCUGCAUUGAAAAAAACCGGUGUGGUACCAAACCUAGAUGACCAUGACAUGUUCCCGACUUUUGCUGAUGCAGAAAAGAUGGAAAAGAUCAACAAAGAUGUUGAGAGAAAGAAGAAGAAUGAUGGUUUCACUGUGGUGACAUCAGAUAGAGAUUCGAGAGGGUCAGGUGGAGGUAAUACAAACGCAUGGGAUAGAAGAAGUGCUGUGUCUUCAGCGGGAGGUGAUCGCGGAGCGGCUUUGGCAGCAGUAAAACAGGUAACGUCCAGCGGUGCACCCAACCCGUUAGCUCCAAAACAGACUCCACAGGUGGGAAAGGGGAAAUACAUUCCUCCACACUUGAGGCGUCAAGUGCAGUCAUAG